CAGAUUCCCAGGCACCCUUUUCAAGACGCCAGCUUUCUUCCCUUUCAUUUGCGUCUCCCCAAUUCACCACGAUGCCCCGGAGCCGGAGACCCCCGACCUCCGGCUACGCCCGCAUAGCCCAGGCUGAGGAGGAAGAAGACAGCAGCAACGACUCCGAAGACGAGUUCCACGAGCGAACCAUAUCCGGCUCCCAGUAUGCCCCCAUCCAACCGAAGCGGGAUUCGCGCAUGCGCGUGCCUGCGUCCGGCGAUUCGUCUCCCAACCUGCGGAGGACACCGUCCGGACGGCGCCAGCGAAGCAAUUCGGGGGUGGACAUCAAGGCCAUAAAUGCCAGGUUGGAGCGCUGGGCGGACGAGAUCGCGCAGAAGUUUAAGAUCAAGAAGCAGAAGGAGGCGCCUGAUGACGAACCGCUGGAGAUCCACCACUCGGUGUUCCAGGCGCCCGACUGGGUGCGCCCGGUUACAGCAGAGACGCUGACGUUCGACUUCGAGGGCUCCUCCGACCGCAUGACGAAGCUGCAGUUCGAUGAUGUUGUUGAGAGCGUCAGGGUAGCAAUCGAGCAGGGCACACACCCGAAGCUGAUCUCUCAGGGCAGCUCCGGCAGCUACUUUGCGCGGAACGGCCGGGGCAAGGUGGUGGGCGUCUUCAAGCCCAAGGACGAGGAGCCCUACGCGUCGCGCAACCCGAAAUGGACAAAGUGGAUACACCGCAACCUGUUCCCUUUCUUCUUUGGAAGAGCCUGUCUCAUUCCUAAUUUGAGCUACGUUUCCGAAGCCGCCGCCUACGUCCUCGACACGCAACUACGCACGAACCUUGUGCCCUACACCGAAGUCGUCUCCCUCUCCUCUAAAUCCUUCCACUACGACUUCUGGGACCGGCGCGCAUACUACAGGAAGAAGAAGCCGCUGCCGGAGAAGGUCGGUAGCUUCCAAGUGUUUCUGAAGGGUUUCAAGGAUGCCAAUAUCUUCCUGAAGGAGCAUCCGUGGCCGGACCAGCACAACUCGAGCUUCAGGACAGAGCCGGCGCCGCGCAAGAAGAAGCGGAGAUGGGCGGAGGAGUGCAGACCGAGCGGACCGCAGUCCGACGAUGAAGAUGAGGAGGAAUCGCGCCCCAACUCCGCCGAUCAGCAGCAACAGCGGAGCGUCUUUUGGACGGAUGCCCUGCAGCAGUCCUUUAGGGAGCAGCUGGAGAAACUGGUGAUUCUGGACUACAUCAUGCGGAACACAGACCGAGGGCUGGACAAUUGGAUGAUCAAGAUUGAUCAGAAGACACAAGAGGCCUCCAUCGUGGCAGAGCCGCCGAAGAUGAAUGGGCAGACAGACAGCGAACACGAACCGAGCAGCUACACCAAGCAAUCUAUGUCUGAGGCGGAUCCGUACGGGCGGCGCGAACCAAUGACCGCAAUGAGUCGUUCAGCUACACCAAUGCCCAACGGGCCAACGCCGUCCAUAUCAAUUGGUGCCAUCGACAACAGUUUGUCCUGGCCUUGGAAGCACCCUGAUGCUUGGCGAAGCUACCCGUUCGGUUGGCUCUUCCUCCCCGUCUCGCUCAUCGGCCAACCUUUCUCCGAAGCGACCCGUCGUCACUUCCUUCCUCUUCUCACUUCGAAGCAAUGGUGGAGUGAUACACAACUUGCAUUACGGAAAUGCUUCAUGCAAGACGCCGACUUUAAGGAGCGAAUGUACGCUAAGCAAGUCGCUGUCAUGAAAGGACAGGCGUGGAAUGUCGUGGAGACGCUCAAGACUCCAGAUCAUGGUCCUUUGGAGCUCACACGCAGGGCCAGAGUGUGUGUAUGGGAUGACUUUGUGGACAUUCCGAUCGCCGUACCUCUUCGUGCGCCAUCUGCAGAGAUGCGCCGGAAGCAUCAAGCAAAUCGCCACAGGCCCGUCGCUGAGCAGGAAGAGAUGGACAUCACCGCACUCUCAACUCCACCACAGAAACCUCAACCUGAUCUUCUGAUGAACUCGCCGCCCCUGGAACUUGCCAACGAGAACCGCUUUAAUCUCUCCCGCGAAUCUAGCUCUAUGGACGUCCGGCGCGAGCCCGACGAGUCGCAAGGUCCAGAAUCACCCGCAACCGUACAGGCGAUACCGUGGACUUCUCGCACGAUGGAUGGCUCUCCAUCCACCUACACAAAUGGCCGACCAAGUCACCGCGCGCGGAUGAGCUACGACGCGGCUCGCUCACGGCGUCAGACCGACCCGAAAAGGCAUCAUAGGCGAUACUCCCUGACCGCGAGAAGGGGCCAUAGCGCCAUAAUCAUUGGAGAUGAUGAUGACGAAGGAGACCUUGGAUACGCAGCGAAUGAGGACAUGGAAGGGAAUCGGAAGAGGGUAAUCGUGGAACGCUUAGAGAUGGUCAAGAGUCGGAAUCCAGUAUUUACUUGGUGUUGAUUAUGUGCCAUGUAUAGCUGUAUCAUUAGAGGUAAAAGGAAAUACUUGCAUGGGGCGGUGUUUUGAUCGCAUGAGCACAUCGGUUGCAUAUACGCGGCGUUCCUGAAACGCAAUUUGGGAUAUAUGCGGGCAUAUAUGUAGUAAUAUCAAGUGCCGGCGGGCUUUCCAUCAUUCCGAUGAUUCUGCUAGACAAGAGUAGCGUAGCACCGCAUAACAUUCUGAAGUUUCGUAUGUG